AUGCCGCGUCCGAAACGGCCGGGUGCUCCAGAACCGAAGCGGAGGAGUCGGAAAGGAUGUUGGCCCUGCAAGGCUCGCAAGGUUAAAUGCGGCGAGGAGAAACCAGCUUGUCUGAAUUGCCAGCGACAGGGCGAUGCGUGCGACUACAGUAUCCGCCUUAAUUGGGAAGGAAGAACGAAACGGAAGCUGUCUGUCGGCUCUCCUGGCUCUCAGUCUAGCAGUACUCACUCGGCGCCUGUCUUCUCCUUCCAGCUGGGCAGUCCGAUCCAGUCGCAAGGAAUACCAACAACGUCUUAUGCCGAAGGGGCUUCACCAGUCGUGAGAACACCGGAAGGCUUGAUAUGGGACUCCGAAUACCCAGCGACUGUCCCUUCCACAAACCCCUCCCCUCAUACUGAUUUCCCAGAGCUCUACGCCGCUGCUAUUCUGACGGCAGAUCCUCGGUCUCCUCCUGACCCCAAGGCAACCCCGGACCAGUUCAGUCCGCACGUUCCAUCCGAGGGAACCAAUUCCAUAUGGCCCGAGCACUCGCCUCGCUCCAUAGUAGCCCGUGAUGACACCCUUUCGCGAUAUAAUCUUCCCGUUCACAAUGGCCUGGACGGGAUUUCUUCUGCUUCCCCAGCAGACACAUUCUCUAGUAUAGAAUCAGUGUCAAACUUCAGGCUCAUGUCUUCAGCUGUUUCGCAACCCUUGUCAUUCCUUCGGCAGACCUACGAAGCCCCCGCCCCUGUCUUUGAUGGUAUCUCUCCGCCAGAACCCACGGGUGCUCUCGAUCGCUAUCCGGACUGGCAAGGCGAGGACGCGCUCAGAGCAGACCUUUACCCAACCCACAGCGGCGAUGAUUCAUCCUCUCAGUCCGUCAGCCACGGGCUCCAGACAGUCCCAGAUGUUGAGAGUACCACCACAUCUCAUGCAACCAGCUCAUCCGAUGAUUUCUUCACCAAGGUGAUCAACAGGCCCUUGAGCCCGAACAGUCGCUACCCGCGCACUCUGCAACAUCAUGCUGCAACCAGCCCCCCAAAUAUGCAGUCCGUGGAAACGGAUCCACCAGCGCCCGGGUCUGCCACUGCGUCAGUGGCCGAACUCAAGUGGCAUACCUAUCUCACCAGCGUGACGGAUAACUACGGUCUGGACUGUGGCCGCAUGGACUUGGACUUGAAUCGGAAUGAUGACCAUGCAUCAAUCAACAUCAAUUAUGCGCUGGACCUGAUUAGCCCCCAGUGGCAGUCAGCAAAGCCGCCAAGCUCCGUGGACAAGCAGAUGGAAACCACAGGUUCUGAGCCAAAAGACAAUCUACGCCCGUACUAUACAUCUCCGGUCCCCAUCAACAUUCCAAGAUAUCUGUCGCCCUUGCCUUCCACGCUCCUACACAAUCCAAUCAAUCUCAUGUACUUCCAUCAUUUUAUCAAUCACACUGCACGGAUGAUGGCGCCGCAUGAUUGCGGAGACAAUCCUUUCAUCUCUGUGUUGCCAUCAAUGGCUAUUGCGGACUCCAAUUUACUGAAUUUGAUGCUCGCCUAUUCGGCGAGUCAUCGCGCUCGUUAUCUCAACCAUCCAGAACCGGCGACUCGCAUCGCUCACUGGGUUAGCGACGUUUUCCCUACAUUGCGUCUUGCGCUUGAAAAGCCCUCUGAGAACAUCACCGACAGUCAUUUCGCGACGGCCGUCAUGCUACUCUCCUUGAAUAUUAUAUCACCCAGCACCUUUGAGGUCCCGAUCCCAUGGCAGAGCUAUUUGAAGCUGGCUCGCGAUCUCUUCCUAGCCAGGGGAGGAGACCAGGUCGCUAAUCCAAGUAAUCGUAUCGGUGCCUUCCUAUCCCGCUGGCUCGGAUAUAUCGACAUAAUCGGUAGUCUGUCUUGUCGGCACAGUGAACCUCCUUUGAUCGACAUCACCUACCGUUGCCUGGUGAAUGCCAAUAACUUCACGUUGGACGAACAUAGCGAAUUCCAAAUCGACUGUCUGACCGGGUUCACUCCACGCUUGGGACUGUUCCUGAUGCGGGUGGGACAUCUCACCUACAGAUGCGACCAUGAGCGUUUUGACGAGCUGGGCCAAUUUCUCACCGACUGGAAGCCCGCCCCCGAGGUCUUGGUCGAGGCUGAGACUCUGCUGAGAGACGUGGAGGAUAUCCGCAAGCAUGCAUACGUGGAUAUGUCACAUUAUGAAGAGACCGAAUACCAGGAGAUAGUCACGGUGAACGAGACCUUUCUCUUUGCUGGGCUACUUCACCUUUAUCGCCGGGUGAUGUGUUUACCAUCAACGUCAGUCGCAGUGCGCCAGGCUCUCGAUAGACUGAUGUGUGCCUGGAGGCGGAUCCGGCCCGGGUCACCCGCCGAAGUCGGUGCUCUCUUUCCACUCUUUACUGCUGGGUGCGAGAACCAAGAUAUGGACCAGAGGAUGGAAAUCAUGCGACGAAUGAGGACAUUGGAAGCCACCGGGAUGAAGCAGAUGCAGAAUGCUCGCCAGCUAAUGCAGCGCUGCUGGGAUGAGGACCUGCCCUGGAUUGCCUUGGCUCAAGGAGAGUUUCUCGGGUAG